AUGGCUCAGCAGAACUCUAACACCUUUCAUUUCUUUGGUUCGUCAGUCCCCACUGCUCCGUCCACCCAAACCGGCGCGUUUCAGCAGCCGGCUCUUACCGCUUAUCAGCAGCAGCAGACUCAAACCUCUUAUCAGCAGCAACCGGCGCAAACCGCUUAUCAGCAACAGCCGGCUCAAACCGCUUAUCAGCAGCAGCCGGCCCAAACCACUUAUCAGGUCUCGCCGUCUCUUAACGCGUAUCAAGUCCAGCAGCAAGCGAUUCUAAACGCCUGGUCCGCUGCUCACGCCGGAACCGCCGCCGCAGCCCAAACUGUCGGCUCGCUCCUACCUGUCACAGGAUUGGUACAGCCAGCAGCCGAAUUUUACGCAAGUUCUCAGGCUGCGGACGGCGGCGGCGGCGGACACGUGGCACAGAAUCAGACCCUGAAUCAAGCCGCCGCCACGUGGUACGAUUCGGCAGGGUUAAGCGGUGGUGCUACUGCUUCGACUGCAGCAGCUGUUACUGAUUACAACGCCCAGGGGGUGUUUGGUGGAAAUGAAUCCACACGCGCGGCUCAGUACCAGUCCAGGCAGGUGGAGCCUGUGCGACAGUCGCAAGCCGUGCGACAGCAAGCGACUACCGUGCGACAAACGACGGCUGGGCAACGGCAGCAGCGAGCGCACGCGGAACGGCAGUUGCAGGUGGAAGGACGAGUGCUGCCCGUGCGACAAGUGCAGCAGCCUGAACGACAAACGCAAGCGGCGCGACAUGCGACACAGGCGGAGGAACAGUCGCAGAGGCAGGCCCUGCGGCAGGGUCAGCGACAGGAGCAGCGGCAGGAGCAGCGGCAGGAGCAGCCUGUGCGACAGACGCAGCGAGAGUGGUGGCUGGAUGCGCUAGAGGGGCAAGUUGCAAGUGCGAAUGUUGCCAGUGCGAAUUUUGCGAGCGCGAAUGUUGCGAGUCAGGAGCAAUCUCAUACCCAAGAGUGGAAUCGCACCAUUGCUGCUGUAGUUAACGCUCACACCCACGUGGAGAGUUUCGACCAGGGGAGUUUGCUGCCGGUGGGUGGUGGUAGUAACGCUGCAGUAGGGGCAGCAGCAGUAGGAGCUAGGGGACAAGAAGCAGCAGCAGCGUCAGAUGGGAGGGCAGGAGGAGAAGAGCUGCAGGUAGUGAGACUGCAGGAGCAGGCAGUUGCUGUUCCAGACCCUGUGCAGGCGAUAAUGGGGGGUGUUUCUGCACUUCAGAUUCCUCUUCAAGAGGUGGGUGGACAGGAGGCGGUUGGGGGCGAAGUUGGGGGGGAUGGUGAUAUGUCUGCGAUCUACGCUGCUGGGUAUGCUGCAGGACUGGCAGCCGCCCGGGCUGCUGCUGCCAGAGCAGCAGGCGCUGCCGCUGCUGGUGCUGCUGCUGGUGUUGCGGAUGGGGUUGGAGCAGAGGGGGGAGUGGCGGUGGGGGGAGAAGCAGGGGGCAUGGAGGGGGGGCUUGGUGUAGGGGGUUUCGAUCUUGAUGCCACAGGCUUUGCAGAUGGCGAGAUGGGGAUGGGUGGUGGGAUGGAGGGAGAAGAGUAUGGAGCUGAGGCGGUGCCAGCAGGAGGGGAAGGAGAGGAAGGAGGGGAAACAGGAGGAUUUGGAGGAGGGGAAGAGGAAAUGUUGCCAGCAGGAGCAGGAGGAGGAGAAGCAGGUGCGGCUGCCCCUGGGCCAGGCACAGCAGCGGCAGCCGCAGCAAUAGCAGCAGCAGAAGCAGCAGCGGCGGCGGCAGCAGCAACAGACGGGUCGGAUACCGACGUGGAUGGGGAGUUCCGGCCGGUGCGACUGAGGGACCCUGAGAGAAAACGCCGCCAUUUCAUCCCAGUGACGCUAAAGGCCGAGAUUUGUGAGCUUCGGCGCGACCGGCCGGGAAUCACACUAGUGAAGAUUGUUCAAGUGCUUAAAACGAAGUAUCCGGGGAUCAGGAUUUACUCGACUCGGGUGGCGGAUAUUAUUCAGAAGCCGCAUAAGUGGGCGGCGAUGCUGGGCGGGAAAGGGCACAACCGAACCAACCAGCCGCCGGACCAGUCUGGUAUGGAGGGAGCCUUGGCGCGGUGGUUCGGGGAGGAGCAGCAGAGGGUCGGUGGUGUGCCGAGCGAGCAGGUGAUUGAGAAGGCCAAGGAGCUGGGGUAUUCUUUCGGGUUUCCCCCAACUUUCAAGUACACAAGGGCGUGGGUGUACCGCGUGUUGUCGCACUUGGGAUUUUCCCAGGAGGCUAUAGAUGCGGCGUGUGAGGACUACCCUAACGAGGAUGACUCUGCUGGGCCUUCCUUGAUUGAGUUAGCGGAUCAGAUGUUUGGGCAGGAGCUGUUUAAGUCCCGGGCGAACCAGAAGGGACGGAAGCCCAGAGACUGGUGGGCGGAGAACCUGCUGGGGAGGAAGUCGGGGACUGGGACAGGGAGAGGGAGGGGGAGGGGGAGAGGGGCGGGGAGGGGCGAUGGGGGGGUUUUGGGGGAAGGGGCGGAGUGGGAGCAGCAGCAGCAGCAGCAGCAGCAGCGGCAGCAGGGGGAUGUGUAUGGGCAGGUUGGGGGAGGGAUGCAUGGGCAGGAGCUAGGAGGAGGGGGAUAUGCGCAGCAAGGGGGGUAUGCACAGGGAACUGGACAGGGGUACGGGCAGGAGAUAGGGCAGGGACACGGGCAGAUGACAGGGCAGGCGAACGGGCAGGGCCAGGGGUACGGGCAGGGGACAGGGCAGGGGUAUGGGCAGGAGAGUGGUUUGGGGUAUGGGCAGGAAGGGGGGCAGGCGAGAGUGGGAGAGGGGGAUCAAGAUGAUGUUAUCCCAGGUGACUUGUUUGAGGAGCUGGAGGGAGGAGAGAUGGUGGUGGUUCGGACAGCUGACAGUGUUGCUGGUGAUGGUGGUGAUGGUGGUGGUGGUGCCGGGGGUGCCGGGGGUGCUGGUCCUUCUUCCAACCAGCCUCUCGACUCGGCCGCUUUUGCAGCGAGCUCCUUGAACGAAUCAGCCCCAUUCACUGCUGCAAACAGCAUGAUCGGAGGAACCGCCAACACUGCAAACACUACAAACACUGCCAACUCGCUAGACUAUGGGGAUGACGGUGAAGACUCGGAGGGUUACCAGCCCGAUCCGAAGCUAGUAGAGCUCGCCAUGGCUGAAGCCAGAGCUGCGGCGGAGGCUCGGAGGGUGAUCACCGAGGCUGACCUCGCAAAUGCGGCGCAGAUCGAGGUUCUGCCCCGGAAUCCGAUCACGGGCAGGGUGAUUAGUAAAGAGGAGCUGCAGACUAACCCGGUAUAUACGGAAUAUUACCGGCUUCUGGAGGAGCAGAAGGAGUUUAAGGAAAAGAACAAGAAAAUCACAACGUGUGUGCGAACCAUCAAGAUGCGAAAGGCAAUCUGUCUACUCAAGGAAGCUCGUCCGUCUCUCACAAACCAAGAGAUCAUCCACAUUAUACUGGAGUCCUGCGGUCCUGUGAUUGCAGCGAGUAUUUCCCCUGCAGCCCUCCGGUAUACCCUCCGCAAGAGCUACCAGUACUUGAACGCCGACCUGAACAAGCCGAAAAAGCCUGUCCCGAGGCGGGUUGAGUUCCCGGAAUUCGAAGAGGCACUCGCGGCGUGGGUACGGGAGAUGCGGGCGAAGUAUGGGAAGGAGAAUUUGCUGUACGAGGAUAUUCUGGCAUAUGCGCAGAAGCUGGCUCCGAGUUUCGGGAUCGCGGAAAAGAAUCCCAAGUUCAAGUUCCACAUGUCGUGGAUUCUGAACUUUGCGGGGAGGCACGGGUUGAAGUGGCGAACGAAAGAGGACCUGCGUGCGAACCGCAAGGGUGGUGGUGCGACUGGGGAUGGUGGUGCUGGUGGUGGUGGUGGUGGUGGUGAUGGUGGCGGUGGUGGUGGUGGUGGUGGUGAUGGUGCUGGAAGGAGCAGUGGGAGAGGGAGAGGAGGGAAUACGUCUGGGGUAGGAGAGAGUGAUGGUACAGAGAGUGACAAUGGCGGGCGGGAGGGGUACGGUGAGGGCGGCGGGACAACGGACGGUGGCGAUGGGAUCACAACGGACGGUGGAGAGGGGAACACCACGGAUGGGGGAGGAGAAGGGACGGACGUGGAAGGGGAAGGGGAGGGGGAAGGGGUAGGGGAAGGGGGUGGGUUUCUAGGCAUGGAUGUGAAUAUGCAUCUAGGGAAUAUAGUGACAGGGCUGGUGCGAAAGCAACGGGAUGAGAAGACGGUGAGGCGGAACAAGAUUUGGAACACUGCAGCUGAUAAGCUUCUGAAGGUGGUGGCUCAGUUUGUGGCGGAAAGGGAGGCACGGGUGCGGAGAGGGGAGGAGGAGGAGGGAGAGGGGGACGAGCGGUGGGACGGGGAAAUGGGAGUUGAAGGGUUGUUAAAGAAGAGGUGGAAGAGGAAGAAGACCGGGCGGCCGAGGAGGAGGGUAGGGGUUGUAGGGGCGGGUAGUGGUGGAGCAAAGACGGCGGCGCAGGGCACUGGGAAGAAGAGAGGAAGGAAGAAGAAGCAGAGCGGGGAAGCGGAUGGGGGCGCGGGAGGAGGAGGGGAUGGAGGUGGCGGGGAGGGUGGUGGGGAGGGUGGUGGGGAAAGCGGCAGGGAAACUGGACUGGAGAGUGGAAGGGAGAGUGGGAGGGAGAGUGGGAGGGAGAGUGGGAGGGAGGGAGGGAAGAAGAAGCAGCAGCGCAAGCAGUACCAGGAGGUGCUGGUGACGUGGAAGCUUGCCCUCAUCUCCCUCGCCCGCGCCAGGCAGGACCUUCCGCACUCUGCUGUCAAACGGGCCGUUCAAGCCAGGUAUGGCGUGGACACAAGUCGCACAGUCAUCGCGGACUACAUGGCGCGGGAGGACAAGGUGCGGUGGCAGGCAAAAGUAAUGAGAGACGCGUACAGGGAGGGGCGUGAAGUGCUGCCGAAGAUGAAGCAGUACACCAAGUUCAUGCGGCUGGAAAAGUACACCAAGUUCAUGCGGCUGGAAAAGGCAGUUUCAGACGCAAUGAAGAAGGCCCUGGCGGAUCUGGACAAAGGGGAGGCGCAGGGCAGCGGGAGAGGCGCAGCAGCUCAACCGGGCGUGCUGGGCGGAGGAGUGAGGAUGGGCUUUCAGGGCGCAGGGGAGGAAAGGGAUGAGGAGGAAGAAGAGGAGGCAGGGUUGCCGCGGCAGAUAAUGGUGCAUCCUGAGGCUGUGGUGGAUUAUGCCAACAAGGUGGCACCGCUCUUUGGCUUCCCCCCUUCCAAGUCGAUCACCUUUGCGUGGGUGGCGGGUCUCAUGCACCGGUGGGGAUUCAUGGACCACUGGCCUGUGAAGGCGUCUCCCAGGAGUAUCACCUUUGCCUGGGUGGCGGGUCUCAUGCACCGGUGGGGAUUCAUGGACCACUGGGCUGUAAAGGCGUCUCCCAGGUGGAAGAAAUGGGCUCCUCUGUUUGAGGGUCAGGGGGAUAAGGAGGGGAGGGAGGGCGGGCUAGGGGAGGGAGAGAGAGCAGCAGCAGAAAGAGGGGUAGGGGGAGCAGCAGGGGGAGCGGCAGGGGCAGCUGCAGGGGGAGUGGCAGGGGGAGUGGCAGGAGGGAGUGUAGCAGCCUCGCUUCUAAACUCGCUCAACCUAGCCAACUUGCCUGGACCAAUCCCAGCGUAUCUUCAAGAUAUUGUUGCUGAGCUGGCAGGAAUCCGGGUCGGCGGAGCCUCGGACGUUCUUCCGAACCUGCAGGCAGCGUGGGGAAACCUCGACAAGGCGUCUCCCGAGCCUGUUUCAACGGGUUUUGAAGUCGGUUCGGGCACGGGUUUGGAUAAGGACAAGGGCAGGAAGAGGAAGAGGGGGGAAGGGGAGGGGGGAGAGGAGGGGAGAGGGGAGGAAGAGGAAGCAGAUGGAGGAGAGGGAGAGGCGGGAGGGAGGGAGGAGAGGGAUGCAGCAGUUGCAGCUGUUAUGGCAGCCGGGAAGAUCAAAACGCCUGAGGAGUUUUGGCGGUGGUGGCAGUUUUCAGGGCUUGUAGGGGUGAGAGGCAUGCGGGACGCGUGGAGUGUGCUGGAAGAUGCUUCUGUGGUUGCUGUAGAGGAGGAGGAAGAGGAGGAAGAAGAGGAAGAGGAGGUGGAGAUGGAGGAGGUGGAGGAAGGGUAUGAGGAGGAGGAAGAGGAGGUAGAGGGGGAUGAGGAGGAUGAGGUGGUGGAGGUGGAGGAGGAGGAGGAGGAGGAGGAGGAUGCAGAGCAUCAUCAGCAGCAGCAGCAGCAGCAGCAGCAGCAGCAACCGCAGCAGCAACAAACACAGCAGCAACCGCGCCCUACCGCUGCUGCCUCUUUUCUCCCUAACCUCUUGCAGCAGAUCGCCUCGUUAACCUCACAGGCGACUGCUCAUUCCCCUCAGCUGCAAAAUCCCACUGCUGCUGCUGCUGCUGCUGCUGCGCUUCUACCAGCCCUGCUGCAGCAGAUUGCUUCGGGGGCUAAUCAUUCCCAGCAGCAGCCAAUGCAGCUCCCGCGCUCCACUGCUGCUGCGGCAGGUGGCCGUGCUGCUGCUGGUGCGUCUAUGCCCACAAACUUAUGGGAGCAGAUUUCGGCUAUGGCAGCUUCCCAGCUGCCACUGCAGCGCACUGGUGGCACUGCUGCUGGUAAUUCUGCUGCUGCUGCUGCUGCUGCUGCUGGUAAUUCUGCUGCAGGUGCUGGUGCUGCAGCCCUGCCGGGCCAACUGCAGCAGCUGAUUGCCUCGCUCGCCACCCAGCCUACUCACUCCACGCGCGUGCAGCCUCCCCGCCCCUCUGCUGUUGCUCCUGCUUCUGCUCCUCUUGCUGCCACUGCUCGCCUCAUUGCCGCAACUGCCACUGGUGCUCCUUCAGCCGCCCGCCCUUCACUUGCGCGGAUUCCUGCUGCAGGGGGGUCUCAUCACCCUUCCUAUGCACCUUCUCCUCUCCUCUGCACCUCCACACCUCUCCCCACCUCACCUCCCUCCUCACCUCCCCAUUCCUCUGCACCUCCCCGCUCCUCUGCACCUCCGCUCCCCUCCCGCAACUCCCUCCUAAGCUUCCUGCACGGGCCUAGAGGCCCUCUCUCAAACUUCUCUUCCAGAAACUCUUUUGCUGCUGGUGCUGGUACCGCUGCCACUGCCAAUGCUGCCAGUCCUGCCACUCCUGCUGCUGCUACUCCGCAUCGUCCCCCACCUUUGCCUUCCGUGCACCUGCUGCUGCACCCACCACUUCACCCACAGCUGCGCCCACUGCUGCGCCCACCGCUGCACCCACCGCUGCUCCUGCUCUUGUGA